AUGGAGGCGGUCACAGCACCAAAGCCAUGGACAUCAUAUAUAUUAGGACAAAGCUCACUAUUUCCUAUUUUAAUUUGCAUUUUAAGCCAAGGUUAUCGGAUAAGAGCAGAUGACGGUGGCAUGGAGGAACUUACCACGGAAAAAGAGGCAGAGGAAAGUCACAGGCAGGACAGCGUGAAUUUACUCACAUUCAUUUUGCUUUUGACUCUCACUAUCCUCACAAUAUGGCUCUUCAAACACAGAAGAGUGCGCUUCCUGCACGAAACCGGGCUGGCUAUGAUAUACGGUCUGUUGGUGGGUGUUAUUUUGCGGUAUGGCAUCCCCUCCACCAGCUACCACAAUAAAACUCCUCCGAGCUGCUCUCUGAAGGUGGGUCCUGUCAGCACUCUGCUCCUCAACGUUAGUGGAAAGUUCUUUGAGUACACGCUCAAGGGGGAGAUCAACUCCAGAGAGAUCCACAACGUAGAACAGAACGACAUGCUGCGCAAGUUGACCUUUGACCCAGAGGUGUUCUUCAACAUUCUGCUACCUCCCAUCAUUUUCCAUGCUGGAUACAGCCUCAAAAAGAGACAUUUCUUCAGAAACCUAGGAUCCAUCAUAACAUAUGCUUUCCUGGGCACUGCCAUUUCCUGUUUUGUUAUUGGAAACCUCAUGUAUGGAGUGGUAAAGCUGAUGCAAGUUUUGGGUCAACUCACUGACAAGUUUUACUACACAGACUGCCUCUUCUUUGGUGCCAUCAUAUCUGCCACAGAUCCAGUCACUGUGCUUGCGAUCUUUAACGAGCUCCAUGCUGAUGGUGAUCUCUAUGCACUGCUGUUUGGAGAGAGUGUCAUGAACGAUGCAGUCUCUUUUGUCCUCUCAUCGUCAAUUGUGGCAUAUCAGCCUACAGGAGCCAACACGCACACAUUCGAUGCCUCGGCAUUCUUCAAAUCAGUGGGAAUCUUUCUUGGCAUCUUCAGUGGUUCCUUUGCUAUGGGUGCAGUCACUGGAGUAGUCACUGCCCUCGUGACAAAAUUCACCAAGCUGCACUGUUUCCCUCUGCUGGAGACUGCUCUGUUCUUCCUUAUGUCCUGGAGUACCUUUCUACUUGCUGAAGCUUGUGGAUUCACAGGUGUUGUUGCUGUGCUGUUUUGUGGAAUAACACAGGCUCACUAUACUUACAACAAUCUCUCAGAGGAGUCAACCAAACGCUGUAAACAGCUGUUUGAGGUGCUGCACUUCCUGGCUGAGAAUUUCAUCUUCUCAUACAUGGGACUGGCUCUCUUCACCUUCCAGAAUCAUGUCUUCAGCCCCAUUUUCAUAAUUGGAGCCUUCAUUGCCAUCUUUAUCGGCCGGGCCUUAAACAUCUACCCUCUCUCCUUCUUGAUUAACCUGGGCCGAAGACACAAAAUCAGUGGAAACUUUCAGCAUAUGAUGAUGUUCGCAGGGCUGCGAGGGGCAAUGGCAUUUGCACUGGCGAUUCGUGACACUGCCACAUAUGCACGGCAGAUGAUGUUUACCACGACCCUGCUCAUCGUGUUCUUCACCGUUUGGGUGUUUGGUGGAGGUACCACGCCAAUGCUGUCCUGGCUACAUAUCAGAGUUGGAGAGUCUUCAACAGCAGAGAAGAAGAGGCUGCUUAGACUACAGAAUUACCUCAGAGUUGGAGUGGACCCUGAUCAGGAUCUUCAGUCUUGUGGGGACAGCUUCCAGGUUCUUCAGGGAGAUGGGAGCCAAUCAGAAGGGCAAAGCAAGACCAAGCAGGAGAGUGCCUGGCUUUUCAGACUAUGGUACACUUUUGACCACAAUUACUUGAAGCCUAUCCUAACCCACAGCGGCCCUCCUCUGACCUCCACCCUGCCGGCCUGCUGUGGUCCGCUGGCUCGCUGUUUGACUAGCCCCCAGGUCUAUGAGAACCACGAGCCGCUGCAAGACAAUGACUCGGACCUCAUCCUGAAUGAAGGAGACCUGUCGCUUCCAUAUGGUAUCACGGCCAAUGGCGCGUCCUCUUCCUCCGGACCCGAGGGCUCGGCCUGGAGCUGGGGAAUUAACAGCAAACGCAGCGACAGCACAUCGGAGGACGCUCUGGAGAGAGAACUGGACACACGUGAACAUGAGCUCUUGAGCCGUGGCACUCGUCUUGUUUUCCCCAUCGAGGACCUUGCUUGAUUCCUAACUUUCACACAUAGCUCAUUAAAGACCUCAAUCUUUAAACCACACCACCCUUUGCUCCAUACCUCCACUCUUCUCGCACAUAUCUCCAUCUAACCACAUGGACCCCUCAAAAGAUCUCAUACAUGCGGGUGGAAAAUGUGAAUGGACCAAGAUGGAGAGGAGGAGGGUUUCAAGCUCUUGGACGAAGAGCUUUUCAUUCUCAUCUGUUGAGGUGAUGUUAGAUAUUCUGGGGCAGUCUGAUCAUCUCCAGACAAAAGGACUUGAGACUUUUAAUCAGUGACUUACUGGAAAGAAACGGCUUUCCUGUUUUGACUGAAUAUUGAAAGAUUUGGGCAUAUAUUGACUUGACUUGCUUUUUGGUAAUGAUUGAAGCUGAACGGUCGCUGUGUGUUUCUCUGCUUCCCUUCACAUUCACAUGCCACAUUGACGUUCAUUCUUUGUUAUCUGUUGUCAAUGCUGCUACAAAAUCGAAUACAUCGAAGAAGCUGGAAAUAUGACUGAUAAACACAGUCACUCUUCUAAAAUAUAAAGAUUGAACCGGCACACCAGUACUACAUCAGACCUCGCUCAAUCAUUUGCAUUUAAAUGAUUGUUUUUCCCAUCAGGCAAAUGAGUGAAUGCUGAUAGUGUUUAUAAAUGCACUAGGCAGGACAUGAAAGCCUACAAACACAAUAGCAACAUUGUUCGACAUGAGUGCAUGCCUCAUCUCAUAACUGCCUACUCAAAUCAUGUAAAUCUUUUUUUACAAAGAUCGAGUUUCAGUUCAACAUUUUUCCUGCGACAUUUUGGUUGUGCGAAUGCUUCUUGCUUUAAAAGGUCAAGUGGAAGCUCCGCUGCACCCCUGACAUCAAAUUGGAAUUGUCUCCUGGCUAGUCAUUGUAAAUAUGAAUCUGUAGAUUUUUUUUUUUUUUUACAGCGGUAUACAACCAGAGUGUAUGACCCAUGCACUUUAGAUGCAGUCCUUACAUGCAUGUAUUGCAAGUGGAAGGAGUGUUACUUAUUCUAUUAGCUUACCUUUACAUCCACAGAGCUGGAAGUGGUAGGAUUUUGCAGUUGUCAAAAAGACCCCAUGUCUGCAUCAAAUGUGUGUUUGGGGUUCCCUUCACACCUCCACACAAUGUAUAAUUAUGUUCAUUAAGGUGGAUCUUUGCAUUGUGUAUGAGUUGCAACUAUACGACUACGCAAUCGUGGAAUGUGGAAUCCAUGGUAUGAGAUUGUAGUAUUUGGUUCGAGUCCUCCUCAGUCAAGUCCGAGUAUUUUUCACCCAAUUUGGAAUGCCCAAUUCGCAAUGGGUUUUUAAGUCCUCGUGGUCACAUAGUGACUCGCCUCAAUCCGAGUGGGGGAGAAUGAAUCCCAGCUGCCUCCGCGUCUGAGACCGUCAACCCGCACAGCUUGAGCGCGUUGCCACAGAGACACAGCACGUGUGGAGUCUUCACGCCAUCCACCGCGGCAUCCACGUGUUGCAAUCUCUAUGGGGGCUUUCACACUUGGUUCGAUUGCCUGUUCCGAACCAGAGUUCGAUUGCUCCCCCCUCCCCCCGAUGGACUGUGUUCACAUUAUAUAUUUGUAUCCGAACCGCGGUACGCUUGCGUCAUCAAGCUGCAGCUGGUGCGUAAUCGUGUUGCUUGAUAACUGCGAAAU